UAUUUGUAAACACUGACACAGGAGCAGAAGAUUGAGGCGCGUAUGCCGUUUGAAUGACGACUUCUCGGAUGCUAACGUUAAUUGUUUCUAAAACGUUCUUUGUCGUGAUUUUCUGCUAUUUUACGCGAUAUUCAAACGCGUCAGACUGCACUGAUUUAGCAGAAGAGUCAGAAUGUAGUUCAUUCAAAAGUGAUGAAUUAUGUGAAUCGAUAUUUGCAAGAUGGAAUUGUCAAAAGACCUGUGAUUUUUGUGGUGAUGGGUGGUCCACUUGGUCGAUUUGGGGAGAUUGCAGUGCAACAGUUUGUGAGAUUGUUGGUGAAAGAGUACGAGUACGAAGAUGCAGAGAAAUCCAUGCAAAUAUAUAUUGUCCAGGAUCUACCAUUGAUAUUCAAAAAUGUUCAAGAAGUGAAUGUGAAAGCAUUGAUGAUCAAUGCGGAUCUGGUAAUUUUACUUGUGUGUCAUCUGAUCUCGAUGUGUCAAAUCGAUGCUGGCCAAGAACAUGGAUUUGUGAUGGAUACAUAGAUUGCAUGGGUGGGGAUGAUGAACUAGACUGUGAUGUUUAUGGUGGACCUACUGAUUCUUUUUAUAUAGCUGCUGAUUCUGAGCCACAAUAUUGUUUGAAACACGAAGAAAAUGAGGAUGUGAGAGUAACAUGGGAUUGUCCAAAUUCAAACCACCCAUUAGUUUCAACUUUCUUAUGGAAAUGGAAUGAUUUACAUAAUUUAAGAAACAUGGCAACUGGUCAAUGUUUGUCUGCUAAAUCUGGAUCUAUGUCAGCAGUGCUCUGUGAUGCCAAAUCAGACUCACAAUUAUGGACAUGUGUUAAUGGUACACUGGAAUUGAUGGACAAUUCUACAAUGGACAGAUAUCUCAAUGUUGAUGAAGACAAUUUAAAAGCUGUUGCAUCUUCAAAUUCAUCUUUCUACUGGAAAGUGUUUUCAACCAGUGACACAAUAUGUGAUAGAAAAGUAGAAUGGAGUACUUGGGGUAAUUGGUCUGAUUGUUUCCCCAGCUGUGUAAGUAUGGGAAAUGGACAGAGAUCGAGAAAUAGAACUUGUUUGAAUGGUGUGGAUGGUCAUGGUGCUUGUUCUGGUAAUAAUACAGACUAUCAACCCUGCCCACAUGAUCUUUGCAGACCUCAGUGUCCAGAAGGAUUUGUCACAACUAAUUUUCCUUGGACUUGUUAUAAACUCGAAUUCAAUGGAGAAGCUACUUUAGCGGAGGCCAGACAUAUAUGUGAAAAUAUGGAAGUACAGAAUAUUCCUAUCCAUGCAAAACUUGCUGCUGAUAAAACUAAUGCAACACACGAAGCCUUCCUUACUGUAAUGAAGAAUAAUAGUGUGUCUGAUGCUUAUAUCGGAGUUGAUAUUAAAAUUGAAAAUGGACAAAUAACAGAAUACAAUUAUAGCCUUGAUGGUCACAAUCUUGGAGAUUUGAACCAACACCAAAUCGGACAUGAUGUUACUUUAUCAGAGUUAGGAGAAGGUUGGGACGAAGAUAAUACUAAAUACAGGAUACAAGUAUCUGAAGAUAAUUGUCUAGAUUUAGCAAAAGACAAUUUCCAAGGCAUAUUGUCCUCAUGUGAAAACGAUGACGUAUAUUGGAGAGUCGUAAAUGGAUUUCUAAUACACGUCGAAGCAAAACUGUGUUUGAGUUGGAAGUAUCAUUACAUCCCAUCAGAGAAUAAAACUUGCUUGUUAAACACAACUGAUAUUUCGGUGAAUACAACAUCAAAUACAACAUCAAAUUCAACAGUCGAUUGUAUGUAUAACUCCACGGUAUAUAACGCGACAGAAGAAGCGACGUUGAAUUUGACAUCAAUGGAUAUUAAUGCAACAAAUACUACAUAUCCACUAAAUGAGAUCGGUGGCAUGCCAUGUUUUAUUGGGGAUGAAACCUUAAAAUGGAGAUUUGAAGAUCACAAUAUAAAACCAGUCGGAAGUGAAAUGCAACUAGCUACAAGCAACAAAUCUUUGACAUAUCACAAACCAUAUGGUGACGAAUGGAUUGCAGAAUUUGCUUUCGCUGGCUAUAAGGAUCUAUUCAUGUCAAGAGAUAGCACUGGCAAUUGGCAACGAUUUAGUUUCAAAGGAGAUUGCUUAACAGUGAAUGAAUUUUAUGAGGUCACUAUAAAACCAUGUAAUUUCCUCGACACCAGCCAGAGGUGGAGUACAGUAUCACAAAAUCACUUGCUACAUAGAAAUACUGGAAAAUGUCUUUAUCCUAGAAACGGAGCUCUUAUAAAUAACACGAUGCUGAUCGUAGAAACAUGUCUAGCUAAUGAAGGAAGCCAAAUAUGGAAUGUCAAACUUGACGAUAGUAACAGGGGAUCUAUUUCACCAUAUCAAGCGUUUCAUUUAACAAUACUGCCAAACUGUGGAUUGUUAGAUAAUGGGGAUGUAAAAAUUUGCAUCGCUGAAUCAACAUUGCUUCUUGAUGAAGAAUGGGAAAUAUAUGCUGAUGAAGCUUCUCGUGUUUCGGAAAAAAUGAAACUAAUAAGUGUAUCAUCAGAAGAUAGAGAUCUUUGUGUGGUUCCCCUAGGUCCUGGGUGCACUGGACAACUAGCCUAUGGUAAUUGCAGUUCAGAUCACGAGGGUUGGUGGUUGUGGGCUGAUGAAGGACGAAUGCUCAUUAACAUUCCUACAAGUGAUUUUUCUUCAUUCAAUUGUUGCAUUACUGCAAAUCAAGAAGAUGAAUCAACUACUUUACUACUAGAGUACUGUAAUCCAAGUGAUCCAAGUGAACAAUUAUGGAUUCUAAAGAAUGGAGAUAAAGGAAGUAAAAUAGGUUUGGCAAGUGAUCCCUCACUUAUACUAAAUAAGGAAUCUGAGAGAAAUAACGAAACUGAGAAUGAGGAAGAUAAAGUUGUUAAAAUUGUUGUGAAAAGCGAAACAAGAGGCAAAUGGAUAGCAAUUGAUGAAAACGAAAACGAAGUCAAAUUGCCAGUAAUAUAUAAUUGCCAGAGUGACUAUGCUAAAACAGAUGAUAUUGUACAUCAACAUACAGAGGAUGGCAUUUUAUGUCAGAGAUGGGAUUCUCAAUACCCACAUAAACAUACUUACAUAGCCGAACCACAUAACUUUUGUAGGAAUCCACCAAGCUAUCGCUCGUCAAAACAUCCACCUUGGUGUCUGACUACGGUACCAAAACCACGAUGGCAAAAAUGUAAGGUACCAUUUUGUCCUCGUACUCUCGGAGUUGCUCUGUCUGCUCCUUCAGGCACAUGGAAUGUCACUGGUGGGCUUGAAAAACGACCCUUUAUUUGUGAAGCACCAGUCGAAUGUAUAGUAGGUAUUGGGGAAGAUUAUCACGGUACAAUCAGAAGGACAGAUUCAGGGAAAUUAUGUCUAAAUUGGAAAGAGUUACAGAUCAAAUUAAAUCAAGAAAGUUCAGGAAUAAGAGCUCCAGAUCAUUCAUUUUGCCGAAAUCCUAACUCUGAUCGACUUGGACCUUGGUGUUGGGUAGAUAGUCAUGUUAGAGAAUACUGCAGUUUUAUUCAAAAGUGUGAAUUGAGAUGUUCAACGCCUCCAACACCAUACAGGGGGAAAAUUGAAUCAAUACUUUACUCGCAUCCUGGAUCAGGAUACGCUAAUGCUACAAAAGUUGUUUUAGGAUGUGAAAAAGGUUUUACUAGAAAUAUGCAGGAAGAAUCUAAUCAGAAAGACUAUGAUUUACUUUGUGAAAAUGGAAGAUGGAAAGGAAGUGUGCCGACUUGUGAUCCGAAGACAUGUGAAAUUCCAGAAAAUGGAAUAUUCAAUGCUGAAAAAGACACCAAAGAAACAACAGUAGGAAUCCGUUCUACAUUAAGUUACAAAUGUCUUCAAGGAUAUCUCUUCACCAACAUAGAGACAACGAUUGAAUUAACAUGUAAUGGAGAUGAUGAUUGGGAAGCAAACUUUCUUCCAAUUGAAAAUUACAUGCUUGAUAUUAAACAUUUAACUGCAGAUGACAUUGAAAAAAUUGCUUGCUAUCCACCUUGCGAUAAGGAUUAUGAAAGUGUUGCGACUUGGUGUGUGAAGAUUGUGAAGCCUGAUAAAGAUUUCCCAUUUAGUUCAAGUGUUCAACCUUGCCCAAAAGGAACAUUUCAUGCACCUGCUGAAUUUGGUCUCAUUCCAAGUCUUCGGGAAUAUAUUACGGAAAAUAUAAGACAACAAGUACAACUUGAUGGUGGUUUUGUUACAGCAAUGGAAAGAUCUAUGUUUGAUAAGAAAUUUAGAUCUGCCACUGAUGGUAAAAAAUUGGAUUCUUCAAAGUUUCUAUCUGCAUCUUUCUAUCUUCAAACGUUGGAGGAACAUUCUGUCAAAGAUGAUAACGGAACCGAUAUCACCACAGUAUUAUGUGGAAAAUCCACUCUCAUUGAAUCAAGAAUUGAGAUACUGCUCGUACCAUGCCCGACCAAUGAUACCGAUGAUGCUAGCUUUUUUUUUCGAUGGAUAACACAGCGCCAUAUUUUUCAUGUAUCAUCAAAAAGAUGUGUGUCUUUCCGGUCAUCAGGUGAUCAAGACAGGGUAUCUUUGGAACCUUGUAGUUUUGAAGACCAAGAUCAAAUGUGGGCAUGUGAUGGAUACCUUAUUCUAAAUCCAAGUCGGAAAGCCUAUUUCGCAAAGAGUAAAAGUGCAAAACCAACUGUGAGAUUAUCAAAAGAUAAAAAUACCUGGAAAGAAGAAUUCGUUUACGGUCAAAAUUCUUCGGUAAUGGAAGCUUUAGGUAGUGAUAUGAACAUCUGUAGUGAUUUACUUCGUCCACGAGAUGAUGUUUUUAUCGCUUCAUGUCAAAAUACUGUCGAUCUUCAAGAGACGUCAGAAUUUUUAUGCGACGAAUCGAAUCCUAUACCUGACUAUGACUUAGUGUGCCUUUACCAAGCAGCUAAAAUGAUUAACGAGUCAGCAUUUCGAGAACAUGACAUAUCUACUUGUAAUUGUGGACUUGUAAAACAAGGACCUGAAGAUGAAGAAUUAAAAAUGGAAAAACCUUGCCCAGAAGCUACUUGUGAGGAAUCAACUGUUCAAGAUAAACAAAUAUUCUGUGAAAAAUACGGCGCAAAAUAUCAGGAGUUUAAAUAUACAUACAUGUUCAGUCACUUUUGUCUUGGAAUUCGAAAAUCUGGCGAAUCUGGUAUAGUUAUGGAAAUGUCAUGUGAUGCACCAGUCACUGAAAAAAUCUGUGUAAAAAGAGCAAGAUUCACUUGCUCUUAUCCUGUUGAUAAAAUUAAUAAAGGAUAUAGAAAACUACCGGAUGGGAUCGAGUCUGGCAAUGAUACGAUUGAACCUUUUCUCUAUGGUAGCUCAGUAUCAUAUGUAUGUGAGCAAGGUUAUCGAUUUCAAAGUGGUGGAGCAAGUAAAUUAAUAACUUGUAGAAAUGAUGGUUCAUGGAGCAGUUCUCCAAGGUUACUAUCAUGUGAGCCACUAACUUGCUCUCGGCCUGUUGAUCCAGCCCAUGCAUUGCCAUUAUCUUUACCUAAGGAUUUACUGGAAGUUAUUAUCAAGACUAAAAUUAAAGUGACAUGUGAACUUGGUUAUGUCGUGGCACCCGGUAUUAGUUCAAGGGUUAGUAUCUGCGAUAAUGAUGGCACAUGGCACCCUCCUGUGGCUCAAUGUAAUCCAACAAAUUGUGGAAUGCCUCCUUAUAUAAGAGAUACUAUGGUUGUUGGAGUUACCUUUGCGAUCCAUAACACUAUAUCAUACAAAUGUGUUUUUGGAAUGCAUUUUGAAGACAGUGAUGGUAAGAGAUAUAAUGAAAGCAUCCAUACAUGCAGUUCAUCGGGACAAUGGUUUCCAACACCAUAUAAUCUGGAAUGUAUAUCUACCAUUUGUCCAUCUGUUGAAAACGUUAUUUCAACUCGAGGAAAAGGCGUUGGUCAAACCAUAACCAUAGGUUGUAAAAAAGGAGAUUCAUUGUAUUAUAAUGGACAUGCUCUCAAAGAAAAAAAGGUUUUUACUGUUUGCGGUCCUGAUGGAAAGUGGGUUCCAUCAGUUGAAGGCCUUAAAUGUUACUUUACUGAAUGUCCAUUGCCAGAUGAAAUAGCAAAUGCAAGAUAUAUAUCAUGGAAUUCCCCAGAUGAUACUGAAUAUGAGAAACCUUAUCUUGGUGCUGUGGCAACUUAUCAAUGUGCAGACGGAUAUUGGAAUUAUCCACAUUUCAUAAUCUACAAUCUUGCCUACGAAGACCAGAUCUGCAUUGGAGUUAAUAUAACAGACCAUCGUUAUACAUUAUACACGUUUGAUUUUGAAUAUUGUUCUGGUAACGUAACUAAUACAAUACUAUGGAGAUGGUGGCCUGAAAACGACAUGCAUUUACAACAUAUAUCUUCUGGAUUGUGUUUGACUUCUCUUGUACCAAAGGAAGAAAUUCAAAGAAAAGGAUCAGCGAAUGUUGUCUUGCAACCUUGUUCCGCUGAAGAUGAAAGACAGGUCUGGGACUGCUACACGAGACAGGAUCAUCCAUAUUUCUUUGCAUUGUAUGAUGAAGGAAGUGAAAAAUGGCAAAACGAAUCUCCUUUGACUGUUUUACGACUUGAUAUUCAUAAGAAAACAGUUGUUGUAUCCAACAUUCAAGACUUAGUGUAUGCUCAAUGGUCAACUAUAUUUGGUUAUGAUAUAUGCAGUAGAAGGGAAACAAGACGAAAUUUAGAAGUCAUAUGUUCACAAAGUGGAAAGUGGAUUCCAUCACCAAGUCAGACUGAAUGUGUUCCAUCAAGUUGCGUUGUUCCCAUGCAUAGAAAAAAGUUGGUUUUCGAUGUAGAACCUACUUCGACCAACAAAGUACCUUCAGUUGGUUACAAAGAAACAGUCUCUGUUACUUGUAUUCACGGACACAAAUUUAUUGGAGUUGUAGAAAAAACAUCAACUGUUGUGAUUACAUGUGAAAAUCUUGGAGAGUGGUCACCUGAUAUUGAAAAUAUAGAAUGCGUUCCGACCACAUGUAAACCAUUCAAGGGAGUGUUGCAUGCUGUAGCUUCUAAAGGCACAAAAGGUUGGUCAUUCAUGUCUGAAGUUCGAAUCACUUGCCAAAAAGGAAUGUGGUUCACAACAUCAAUGAAACGAUAUCAAAUGAUCGCAUGUGGAAGAGAUGGUUCAUGGUCGAGGCCUCCUGAAAGUUUGACCUGUGUACCCGUUGAAUGUCCGAGGGAAUUUGAUAUACCAAAAAAUGCUGCUAUAAAAGCCUAUCCCAAAAAAUAUAAUUUUGGAAGUGCAUUCAAAUUGGCCUGUGCUACUGGUUGGUGGUUUGGUAAAGACCAAUUUUCGAAGACAGUAAGAUGUAGUUAUACUGGGACAUGGAUGCCUGAUGAUGCAACUUGUUCAAGAGUAUUCUGCAAACAACCACCCAGUGUGCCUUUUGCUACAACUGAAGAUGAUUCUAUAGGGAAUUCACCUGUUGGGAAAAAGGUAUUAUACCAAUGUGAAGAUGGUCGAACAUAUGACGAUACAUCAGAUUCGUUUACAAUAACUUGUGGUAUUGAUGGCAAGUGGAAACCUGAUCCUGAUAUUGCCGCCUGUUAUUUUUCUGGAUGUGAUACUUCACAAGACUUAAAAACAAGAAUAAAAAAUGCAACUAUUAUCGGCAAUGGAAACGAGAUAGGAUCAAAAGUUUCAGUAACAUGUGAUGUCGGAUAUUUAAUGCAUGGUGGUUUGAAAUCCAGAAUUUCCAUUUGUGGAUAUGAUGCAAAAUGGUUUCCACCUGUGAACGCAUUACUAUGUCAUCCAAUCAACUGUGGAAUUCCUAGAACAAAUAGCCAGGGAGUGGUUAAGACAUUAGCAGGAACUACUUACGGUAGUGCAGCACGACUCAUAUGCAACAAAAAUCAUUUUGUUUCAUAUCGUGGUACUCAGUCCCUACUUUUGCAAUGUAAUAGCAUGGGUGACUGGGUACCUGAUCCUAUGGCUACUGAUUGUGUUCCGACAUAUUGUAAGAAACCUGAGACGUCAGUGCAACAGAAUUUACUUAAUUAUGAUGACAGGAAGGCAAAGGUCCCUAUUGGAGCGACUGCAUUUUUGACUUGUGUUGAGGGACAUCAAUUUUUGUUGGACGAUGAUCAAAUCAGUAUGAAAUGUAAUGCAACUGGGGUCUGGGACCCCCCUCCUGCUUCAAACCCAUGUUUUCUAUCUUCGUGUAUCGAUAUUGCCAAAUUGAGUCACGCUUAUCAUAAAAUAAUUCUUGAUCCCAAACCUAAACCAGAAAUCGAAGUUGAAAUCUCAAAUAUUUCUAUGUUGUCAAAUGAAACUAUAAAUACGGUUAAUUAUACAACUGCUAUUCCUGAAAUAGUAACUACUAUGAAACCUAAUGAUAAUGAUACAGCUGUUAAAUAUGGGACAAAUGUAGAAUACGAAUGCAAACCUGGAUUCUGGAUUUCUCCUGCUCUUGUAAAGCAAAGAAGAACGUGUCUUGGUGAUAUUGAUUAUGAUGUACCUAGUUGGUUAAUGAAAACUUGUGUUCCAAUAACUUGCACAAAUCUUCCUAUGUUUCCUCAUGUUGAUAUCGUAAAAACAAAAGCUGGACAACUGGGUGUAAAUACAAAGGAUUCCAAGGUUACAUACAAAUGUCGUUUAGGCUGGUAUUUUGAAGAAUUGGAGUCGGUAUAUGCUGAUGUGACUUGUAGAGACAAUGGAACAUGGCAUCCAGAUCCUUGGAAGUUUUACUGCUCCAGAGUAAAAUGCCCACAUUUGGGACCAAGACAUCUUAAUGAUUCUAAUGCAAGAGGACGGGGUGCAAUUAUUGAAGUUUCUUGUAUAUUUGGAUACAAACUUUUUAAACCUGAUGUAGGAAAAACAAUGGAUUUGACUUGCUCACCUGAAGCAAAAUGGCUGCCUGAAUUUCCAGGUGAUGUAUGUAUUCCUGUAUCUUGUGGCAAUCCUAAUCUUGUUCGACAUGCCAGAUAUGAAAUCUUAUCCGGUACUGACUUUCAGGAUGAAGCAGAAUAUACUUGUAAAACUGGAUGGAGUGUUAACAAAGGCAAGCAGAAAUGGAAAGUGACAUGUUCAGGGGAAGGAAUAUGGGAACCUAGUGAAGAGCAAUGUGUCGCUGAUGAUGAUUUUGAUUGUUUAGCACCACCGGUAGUUCCACAUGCAAAACGACUUUUACCCCCAGCCUACUUACAGUCAGAACCUGUGUAUUAUGAAUGCCAUGAAAAUUAUUGGAUGGAAGGAAAUAUAACAACUUUUACUGCCAGAUGUAAAGGACCUAGCUUUGAUCCUGAUCCAUCAGCAGUAGUGAAUUGCUUUCCUGUUACCUGCAAUUAUCCAAUAAAUUUAGAUUUAUCUUCAAAGCAUUUGAAGGCAUUAGGAAAAUAUGAUGAACCAUAUUACAAAGCCGGUACGCAACUUAAUUUCAUCUGUGAUGAGCACUAUUGGAUUGAGAACAGAACUAUCCAAAUCAAUUCUGAAUGUUUAUCGAAUGGAAAUUGGUUUCCUGACCCAAGAUAUGUGGAUUGUGUUCUAUGUGGAUGUCCACUUUUGCCAGAUAUAAAAGGUGCAACAUACACACGAUUCGUGAAUUCUAUGGAGGUUGUUGUUGCGAAAUUCACAUGCAAUGAUGGUCUGAUGUUUUCACCUUCUUUGUUGUCAAGAACAAAGUUCUUUACAACUAUGUGCUAUAACAAUGUAUGGAGCCCAAGACCUGAUGAUCGUACUUGUGAGCCUGUAAAAUGUUCUAUUCCACCAGAAAUUCCAUAUUCAUAUCGUGCUGGCAAAUCAAUCAAAUACAACGCAACGAUUCAUUAUUAUUGUUUGGAUGGAUACAGCUGGUCGCAUGGCGAAGACGCACUUGAAAUUACAUGUAACGAAUAUUCAAAUUGGAGUCCCGAUCCAAAAGAAUAUCAUUGUCAAUUUAUUGACUGCGGAAUUCCUCUUCAUAUCGAAGGCAGUUACGUGCAAUACGAUCGAACUACUUAUACUGAAGAAGCAACGUAUUACUGUGCCAUGGGUAAAGUGUUUGAUAUAAAACAACAAUCAGUAAAAGUACGUUGUGAGAAUGAUGGAAGAUGGACUCCAUUACCAAUAAAUCUUGUCCGCUGUGUCAAUGUCUCAUGUACUUCACUUCCUAUAUUAAAACAUGCUGUUGCAAUAUCUGGGGAUAAUUAUUUUGGUUCUUAUUGGACUUACAGGUGUAAAAAAGAUUUUCACAUUGGAAAUAGAGUAAAAAAUUUCACUGUAUCGUGUUCAAUAUCGAGGGAAUGGGUUGUGGACAAAAUAUGUAUUCCUAUUGAAUGUUAUCGUCCACCUCCCGUUAAGAAUUCUAAACUUAUAAAAUACAACAGAACGGUAGAUGAAUUUGGUGGUGUUCAUGAAACUGCACAAUAUAAAUGUAAAAAUGGAACUUGGAUAAGUCGAGGCUUUUAUAAGUCGUUCACGCUUGAUGUCACAUGUUCUGAUGGUUUAUGGACUCCUGACCCACUACAGGCCGUGAGAUGUGUCAUAGUUACAUGCGAGAAGUUACCAAUAACAGAACCAAACGAAAAUCAUAUUUAUAAAAUUAAUCGUACUUUUCCUGAACGUGUUUCUAAAUAUAAAGCAGCUGUGGUAUAUGAAUGUCCUCCUGGCCUGUUUUUUCGUACUUUCAAACGAAGAAUUCAUAAGACAAUAUGUAAAUCGAAUGGUGAAUGGAGCCAUGGAGUACCAAAACAUGACUGUGAACCUAUAUUUUGUCCUGACGAGAUUGAUGAUCCUAAUGCAGCUUGGAUCAAACCACCUGAUGCUUCUCUGGGGGCUAAGUUACAGGUCAGUUGCAUGUCAACUCAUUGGUUCGUACCAGGUGUGAGAUCAGCUACAUUAUCUUGUGGUGAAGAUGGGAGAUGGAUCCCAGAGGGAAAAUGUGUCCCAGUAUCAUGCCAGGAACCAAUUAUUCUUAAUUCUGAAUACAGAUUUAUUCAAGGCGGAACUAAUCAAACUGAUUUUUUUCCUGUUACUAGCGUCAUUGAGAUUAUAUGUGACGAAGGUUACGAGCCUCAAAGUCAAAUGAUUUUACAAUGCGAAGCAACAGGAUUAUGGACGCCUCAUCCAAAAAGUAUUUCCUGCACUCCUGUUAUGUGCCCUAUGCCUUUAGGACCCCCUAGAUACGGAACGUAUCAAGGAGCAAAUACCUUCAAUUUAACCACAAGAUUACAAUGCAAUAGAGGAUAUAUGAUUUCUCCUGGUAAUACAUUCGAUACUGCUACGUGUCUGGCAACGAAAAUGUGGAGCAAGGACUUGACGGUGUUGCAGUGUGUUCCUAUCAAAUGUGAACAUGAAGGAAGAGUGGACAAUGGUGACGUCAAAGCAAUUUCUCCACCUCCUCUGUAUAAUUACAGAGAGACGAUUAUGAUAUCAUGCUAUAGGGGAUAUAAAGCUAGUGAUGGAAAUCGGCAGUUUUCUUUAUUUUGCGGUGAUGAUGCAAAGUGGAUUCCACCGGUAGAAAAAUUGUCUUGCGAUAGAAUUUUGUGUCCUCGUCCUAAAUUAAAACCAAAUUCUAGAAUACUAUUGGAUUCAUUGGCUACUGGUCACAACCUCACCAUAAAAUGUGAUCCUGUUCACUGGAUUUCAAUUUUUCAUGAUGACAACGAAACAAAAAGUUGGAUUUUAACGCAAGAUAUUCAAGUUAAUAUAACUUGUUCAGAAAGGGGAAUAUGGGAAAAAAAUUUGGACGAUUUCAAAUGUCUGGACACUGCUAAUUUUCUACCUACAAAAUAUGAUGCAUUGGAGGAUGCUAUACCUUUCCAGACGGAAUACGUUCCUGAUGAAGAUAUUCAUUGGUUGAGUAGUCGAAUUCCAUAUGCAAUAUCAGGUCCAGGGGAUGGAUCAGAAGUAAUCGGAUGGAUAAACCAACUUCUUGAUAAUGUAGAAAAUUCUCAGAAUCUUAAGCUUUUACAAAGACUCGCAAAGUUGAUGGAAUCGCGCCACACCAGAGCAAGCGUCCUGGAACAUAUUAUCGCACAUGAAUUGGGAAACCUCACUCUAAAUGAGUACUGUAAACAAGACGCUAACAACAGCGGAGUGGAAAUUAUAUUCACUCUAAACCAAACUGAUGAAAAUUCUAUGAACACUUUCUUAGACACUCAUAUUGAGUGUUUUAAUACCACUGUGAGUGAUAAUCAUACUCUUAUCGACAAUAACUCGACCGAAUCAAAAAAUCUGUUCAUGUUUUCAUCUGGAGGUAUUGUGGCUGAAAUUGUUUUUGAAAACGGAACAGAUGAAAGUAAUAACACAUCUGAUAAUUCAAGAUUAUCAACAUUUCGUAUUCGUAUUGAUAAUGAAACAUUAUCUACAAACUCAAGCAGUGAGACUAAAAUGGGAAGAGCAGGAAAAGUAAAACCGAAAACAAACAUCUAUCCAAUCUUAUCAUCAACAAAUGAAUCAUGGUUGUGGGAUGGUGAUCCACUAACAGCAUGGAAACCUGAUAUACAUUCUACAUCAUGGAAGAUUGAAAUUCAUUUGGGUGAUGCUUACAUCAUUGAAGAUCUUAUUGUGAUGUCAUCGAGUGAUGCUUUAACUAAUAUAUCAUUCUCUACUGAUGAUGGUUCCGUAGAAAGAAAAACUUAUGGACCUUUUAAUCUUAAUCAAAAAGUACAGCCACAAUAUUUGGAUUUAUUUGCCACAGAAACGGCUUAUGGACCCAUUGUUACUUUAUCUGGAUUUCAACCAUAUCCUGUUGUAUUAAUUGAAUUUUCUUUCGAUCUUCCACCUGUUAUAAGAGAAAUUGGAUUUCAUGCUGCUCUGGCAAAAAGGGCUGUGGUGACAACGAUGGAACCAUAUAUCCACACAGUCAUUGCUAUUGUUGCUGUGUUUUUGUGUUUGUUACCUCUAUUGUUAUAUAUUGAUCAUCAGCAUAACAAGAGCACUGACAUUACAUGGAUUGGAGAAAGUACAAAUGGUUUACCUUGUAUUAUGCAAUUUUGUACAACACAAAAACCAAGUAUACAAGCGGAUGUGUACCUACAAAUAGUUCCACUUUCGAAGAACAGCGAAGCAAGUGCUAUCAUAUGUUUGAGAUCGUAUACAACUAUAUUACAAAACAAAAAUAUCUUGGGAAUAUUUCUUCCUGAGUUGAAUGCAGAUAGAAUAGCAAUCAGAAUUGCUUCUCUUAAGCGCCAUGAGGAACCUGAAGAAGAAAAUAUUGAAAAAUCCUGGAUUUUCAGUCAAGUUGAAGUCACAUGUAAUAAACAAAAGUGGUGUUCUAUGAAAAAUCAAUAUUCAUUAUCCACAAACUCUAGUGUAACUGUGCCACUUGUACUGGAGAAUGACACAAAUGACGAACAUUUUGGAUCUCAAAACAAAUUUACGAAGCGACACUCCUUAGCGUUUUUAUGUCCUGUGGAUUGUUUAAGAUAUCACAUGUUUCGGAUGACACCCCGUCUAUUUUCCAUCCUCACAUCUUUAUCAGCUUCUAUACUUAUUUCGGCCAUGGUUUAUGAUUAUAUUAGACCUGAUGUAGUAUUGUCAAAAGAUUUUGAAGCGGCUGUGUGGUUGGAAAGCGUCACAAACAAUUUAAUUCUGUCGAUAUCAGGUGGUUUAUGUGGCGGAAUUUUAUUACUGUUCAUAUUGAGAAUAAUAUUUGUAUUGAGUGCAAGAGGAAACAGGAAGUUUAUGUAUAGUGCAAAGGGAGUUGCUACUGUUCAAGCAAUACCAGGAGUGUCUCAAUCUAAGCUUGGCAUCACUGAUACUGAGAUGAAACUAUUUGAUGAUAGAGAUGAUAGAGGUCCUGGAUAUCCGUUUCCGACUUACUCAACUCAGGUCAUGUGGAGAAGACAGCGACAAUUCAGCAAAAACAAAUACAAGCAAUUCCCUGAAGGAUGUAAAAGUGCUCCGUUAACAACUCUACAUGUUGCUUUUGCCCCACAACCUUCCGCAGGCGGGUCUUCUAGUAGAAUCGACAAUUCUUCUGCUUAUAUGCCAAUGACAGAUGAUGACAAUAGCUACAAAAAAUCUUUGAAUAAUGUGUCAAAUGCGGAGAAAAAAUCCCAAAGCCAAUCUAUAAAAAGUGUAAAUUUGAGCCAAAGAGCAGAUGCAAUAUCAAAAUCAACCAAUAAUACUCAUACGCAUGACAGCAAUGCUUCACAAUCUUCUUCAUAUGAGCAAUAUGCAGAACCAAACUUUUUUGUUAACUUGAUUAAAAUGCUGUUUGGAACAGGACAAUCUACUACAUCUGUUUCGAUAAUAAAUGAAAAUGAAUCUUCAUCUCAAGUUUUAUCGAAUGCUUCAUCUACAAAUAAAACUUUCCAAAAUAUUCCUCGUAUUAUCAAUGUUCCUGUGAUUACUAGCUCUGUUUUGCUCCACGGAAGUAAGGAUGAAGUGAUUGAUGAAAAACCUGUUGAUAUUGCAGAGACCACAUGGAGCAAAACAACAGCAGAUAGCAGCAGCAUUGUUACUGACACAGGAACAGUUUAUCAGUAUCCAGGUUCAACUAAUAUCAGAAACAAUGUGUCUUACAUACACGGAUUCGUGACUAUUAUAACAAUGGCUAUGUCACUUUUACUGUCUGCAUUUUGCUUAUAUUAUUGCUACCAAGUUGUAUCUUUUGCUGGUAUUGAUUUUAAAUACAUGACUGAUGCUUCUUUGUCAUCUGCCGUCUUGUUUUUAAUUAUUGGAACGUUUGUUGAAGAUCUUCUAGCUUUCAUCUUCUUCAAUGCUAAUUGGAUGCAAGAUGAAAUCAAUUUUGAAAAUGAGCCCAAAACAAUGCUCCUAAAACAUGUUUCACAAAAAGUGGACAAAAAUGAUGUUGUUGAUAGUAUUUCAAUUAUAUCUGAAGAAGAUGAUUAUUCAGGCAAGGAUGAUUCUUCAUCUGCAACCUUGUUAUCAGAAGCACGCUGGAAACGAAGGACAACCGCUUGCCAGAAAUCACAGUCUUCAUUUGACAAGUUUCAAAUCAAAAGACCGACAUCAACAACGAAUCUUAUUGAUACAAUGUCAAGGAAAAGUCUUCCGAGGAAUCUCAAAUGUGAUAUACCUGAUAAGGAACUUUCUAGAUUAGACUUCACAGCUCAAGCUGAUCUUUCUCGUCUAGAUCAACUUGGUGUUGAUGAAUCUGCCGACAUUUUAAAAUUGGAUCUUCUUGAUGUUUUGCCACCUGAUCAAGUUGAUGUCUCUUCUUCCGUUGAUAUUACAAAUUUGCAAGUUUAUGAGAAGGCUCAACGUAGUGGCGAUGUGCCUAAAAUUAGCACUAUAUGGUCAGUUAUGCCAGAUGAUAGAAUUGAUAGUAAAUCAACGCCUGUGGAAGAAGAAAUUUUCUGGGAUGCUAUAGACAUUCCUUUUCCACCAAUCAGAUCGGAGCAUGGUGAUUUUCGUCCAAAAAUUUCUAAUAAACCAUAUCCAAGUCAAACCAUCAAACAUCCAGGGCCUUUUGGUGAGGGUCAAUCGUCCCACUCUUCUAUUGUAGUUACGAAAAGUCACCCCAGCAGUGAGAUUUCAUCAUAUGGAAUUGACAAAACUUAUAAGGGUAGUGUAGUUUCCGAAGAUGAGCGCAUAUCAAAAAGUGAUGCUUCAUAUGAUGAGUAUUCAUCACUAGACGGACAAGAUCAAGAAAAAUUAUCAAGUAUAUAUAAAAAGAUCAGGGAAUCCCCUGUGCGCAAAGAUAGUUCAGAUUCAUAUGAAACAUAUGAAAAAAUGACUGAAAGUCAGAAACAGUCAGAAAGUGGUGAAUCAACCUCAUUCGGCCAUGAGAUUUCACCUGAUGCUACUACUCUCAGCAGUAGAACAGAUAAACAAAAGUAUAGUGAUAUUAUUAGUAAAUCAGGAUUAAGUAGUCAAGGUGAAACUGUAUCUAAAACAACAAGCUCAUCUGAAAAAUCUUCCAAAUUUUUAGAAUCAGUUGGCAGUUCGGAGUAUUCGCAGAAAGACCACUCAAGUACAAGUGAAGCUGAAAGAAGUGCAAUUUAUUCAAUAUCUCAUCAAAAAGAUUCUAGUAAGAGCAUUUCUAAAAAAAGUGAUACGCCGACAUACUCACAAAAUUCAACCAAAUCUGAAUACGAUAAAACUGAAAGCGAUAGAAGUGACAUGAAAUCGGCAUCUUCAAAAAGUGAAUUUAUUGAUCCAAAAAGUUCAGCAUCAUACUCAGAGAUGUCUUUAAGAAAAAAUACUGGUGAAAGAUUGUCAAAGUCUUCAAGCUACUCAAAAUCAAAGAAGUUAUCAGCCACCAGUGAACUUUCUGAGCAGAAGAGUUAUUCGAAAUCGUAUUCUGAACAGUUGCCGAAGCGUGAAUCUGGAGAAAAAUCCACAAAAUCUCCUUCAAGUUACUCAAACAUUGAGUCCGAAAAGAUCUCUUCAGAGAAUGAUGUUGAUAUGAGUGAGAGUGUUUCAGAAUCCGAUUACGAAAAAUCUGCAUCAAAAAAAACUUUUGAAGCCUCAUUAAAAUCUACUCCGAGUUACUCAAAAUCUGCAUCAGAGGAGAUUUCAAUAGAAAGUGAUUUUUUAGAGCAGAAUGAAUCUUCCGAGUUAUAUUCUGGUCAACUGACAAAAAGGAAACCGACUUCAAAUUACCCGAAACUUGAUACUGAAAAAAUAUCGAGUAUGAGUCACUCUACUUCAAGUUACUCAAAAUCUGUGUCAGAUAAUAAUUCUUCUGUGAGCGACUUUGCAAAAAGUGUAAGUUUCUCGGACUCUUAUGAUAAACAACUAACAGAGAGAAAAUCUGAAGUAAAGUCAUUAGAAUCGGCAUCCAGUCACUCAAAACCUGGAGCUGAAAAGUCCUCUGCAGAAAGUGACCUCAAUAUAAGUGCAAGCAUUUCAGAAUCUAAUUAUGAGAAAUCGGCACUGAGAAAACCUGAUAAAACCUCAUUAAAAUCUACUUCAAGUUACUCAAAGUCUACAUCAAGAGAAAUUUCAGUGAGGAGUGACUAUUUUGAGCAAAAUGCUUCAAAACCAUAUGCUGAUCAACUCACAAAAAGGAAACCUGUGAAUAAUUACUCAAAAUUUCCAACUGAGAAGAUUUCGGGUGAAAGUGACUCCACUUCAAGUUAUUCAAAAUCUCACUUAAGUAACACCACCUCUAUGAGUGACUUUGCAAAAAGUGUAAGCUUGUCGGAAUCCUAUGAUAAACAACUACCAGAAAAAAAAUCUGAAGUAGCAUCAUUAGAAUCUGCAUCAAGUCACUCAAAAUCUGAGGCCGAAAAGAUUUUUGCAGAGAGUGACUUUACCAGAAGUGAAAGUGCGUCAGAAUCUAAUUAUGAACAGUCGACAACAAGGAAACCUGAUGGGACAACAUUAAAAUCUACUCCAAGUUACUCAAAAUCUGCAUCAGGGGAGAUUUCAGUAGGCAGUGACAUUUCUGAGAAGAGGGUGUCUUCAGAGUCUUUGUCAAACUACUCAAACCUUGCCUCAGACAAUACGGCAAGUACAAGCAAUAUUUCUGGGCAGAGAGUUUCUUCGAAAUCAGCUUCUAAAAAUACAACAAAAAGGAAGUUUGAUGAAUCUUUAUCGAACAUUACUUCAAGUUACUCAAAUCCCGUAUCAGACGGGAUUUUGGUGAGGAUUGAUCCUCAGGAGCAGAGUGCUUCCUCGGAAAGGACCUCUAUAGUGAGUGACUUUGUUAAAAAUGUAAGUUUUUCUGAAUUCGAUGACGAACAAUCGACAAAAGUAAAGUCUGAUGAAUCCCUAUCAAAAGCUUCUUCAAGUUACACAAAAUCUAUAUCCAAAAGGACUUCUGCAAUGAGUGACUUAAGUGGUAGUAACACUUCAUCAAAGACAUAUUCUGAGUAUGUGGCAGAAAAACGACUCGAUAAAGUUUCGCCAAAACCUUCAAGUUACUCAAGAUCUGCUGCUGAAAAAAGCUCUAAGCAAAGUGAUAUUUCUAAACAAGAAGGUUUAUCAGUAUCAUAUUCUGAUCCUUCGGCUGAGAUUAACAUUGAACAAACUUUGUCAAAAUCCUCAGGGUACUCAAGAUUAGCAUCCGAAAAAAUUUCAACAAAGAGCAAUGUUUCUAAAGAGGAAAGUUUGUCAGCAUCAUAUUCUGAACCAUCUUCUCACAAGCAAUCUGAUGGAAUUUACGACAAACUUUCUUCAAGCUACUCAAUAUCAAGAAACAGUAGAGGCUUUCCCAAAAAACGUGAUGCAAUUUCUACAAAGUCUGAAACAGAGAAAAGUGAUUUUUCCAGUCACGAAACUCCACUAAAAUCCUAUUUAGGACAAUCAACAUCUGAAAAAGAUGAUGAAUCAAAAACAGAAUUUUCUUCGGACCAUACCAACUCUGUAGCUGAAAAGAGUUCUACAAAAAGUAAUAUUACUAACCAGCCAAGUCCAUUAUUAUUACCACCUUCUGAAAAAUCUAAUAUAGCUUCUGCCAAAGCUUAUUCAAGUUUGUCAGAGGUAUAUUCUGAACAGUCUUCAAUAAAGAAACCUGAUAAAACUUCACAUCACUCUGCCGAGAAAAGCUCUCUAGACAGUGAUAUUUCUAAUCUAAAGAGUUCAUGGAAACCGAAUUCUCAUCUUUCAUCAGUUAACGACUCUGAUGGUUCUUCAUCAGAAUCUUCACAUUACUCAAAAUUUGGUGCGAGAAAAAGGUCCUCAGUGAGUGAUAGUUACGAACAGCAAAUUUCGUCUGCAUCAUCGGAUCAGUCUUCCAUUAAAAACGUCUAUGAAUCCCCAAUUCAUUCAAGAUCUGGAACAGAGAAAAGUUUUGUACAGAGUGACAUUUCGAAUCAAGGAAGUUCAUUGGCUUCCUUUUCUAAUCAGUUGCCAUCGAAACAAGCUACACCAAAAUCUUCGAUUUACUCAAGAUAUGGAUUUGAAAACAUAUCAAAAAACACGUCAACAUAUUCACAUUUGCCUUCCUUGCGAGAAGAUGGAAAACAAUCACUUGGAUCAUCAAAUUAUUCAAAAUCUGAAACUGGAAGAAUUACUGAAGACGGGGAUUUAUUGUCGUCUAAUCAUCAGUUAUAUUCCUCCGAAAAAAUGAGUGAAGAAUCAAAAAUGAUGUCUGAUACUGGACGGAUAGACCUUUUCCAUGAAGAUCGGUCACCUGCAUCUUAUUCUGGUACAUCUCACUCGUUGUCGGACAAAGAAAAGGGUACAAAUAUCGAGCAAAGUCAAUCCUAUUCUGAUCUGUCUUUGCCUAAAAAAUCUCAUGCCAAUUUAUCUAGUUAUUCAGGUUCUAGUAGCCAAAACAGUUCUCAAUCUGAUCAUGACACAUUGUCACAGUCUUAUUCUGGUGUUCAGUCUGUAAAGACGAAUGAAAAAGCACGCCUAAAGACUUCGAACUACUCAGUUGCUGAUCCUAGGAAGUUUGAUUCUUCAGGGUCUAAAACUUCAGAAUCCUAUUCAGAAAAGUUCUCACUAAAAAGUGAUGACUCUUCGAAUCAUGCUGAUGCUAGCACUGGUGAAAUUUCUUUGCCACCAUCAUAUUCUGCUCAACUGUCAAUCAAUAUAUCUGAAAACUCUUCACGUCUGCCUACCCAUUUACCAUAUGAUUCAAAGAAAUCAAAUAUUGAUUCUCAAAAAACUAAGUCAAUUUCUCAUUCCGAUAAAGCAUUUUCGAAAAUAUCUGAAAAGUCUGAGUCAGAAUUAUUGAAUUACUCGGGUUCUCAAACUGACAAAAGUGAAGAGAAUGCAUCACAAUAUUCUGGUGUCUCUUCACUGAAAAAGCCAGAUAGAAUUUCAAAAUCUUCCAUCGAUUCUGUGGCAAAGGGAAGUGAGCUUCUGAAUGAUGAUCUUUCUAGAUCAUAUUCCAAGUUACCUUCUGUGAGAGAGUUAUCAAAUUCAUCAUUAGGUUACUCAGAACUAAGCAGCCGUCCUGAGAAAGAUAAUUUUGCAGCAUCCCCAUUGCCUGAAAAAUCUGAUGCUGUUUCAACAAUUAACUCAGAAUCUACUUCUGCAAUGGGUAGUUUGACUGACCAAACAUCCAAAUUUUCCUUCAAGAAGUUUUCUAUACAAGCAUUUGGUGAAGUCGUGUCAGGAUUACUUUCGAACUUUUCAAAGUCAAUGCUUCAAGAGGAUACAACACCUGAGAAAAAGAUUACUACAUCAUAUUCACAGAGUUCAUCAAGUCAAAGAGUUUUAGAUUCUCAGGAUAAAGGUAGCCACUCUGAUAUUGAUGCUUUUUCGCAAUCAUUAGAAAAAUCAUAUGAACAAUUAUCAAGAACAACAUCAUCUUAUACUAGAUUUGAUGAUGACAUGAAUAAUGUUGAUGUGCUUAGUUCUGAAAUUGAAAGUAGUUCUAAGUCUUUGAAUAAACUGAGUGAAGUUUUAUCGGAAUCACAGUGCGAUAAACCUGAAAAGUUAAGAUUGGAUAUUAGUACUAGCGACAAGGCCGACAAGCCAACUCAAUACGGUAUAGAACAUACAGGCAGUGAUGUUGUAGAAACUAGCAAAGAUAUAACUUCAACUAAACCCAAAGACCCAAAGAGUAUUAAAGACCCUAUUAUAAGAUCCAUGGGUGAAAGUAGCUCUGUGUCACAUACAAGCAAACUAUUAUCUGAGAUAUCAAGCAAAACUCCAUCAGCUAAAACAUAUUCUCUUCUAGAAGUAGAUGGAUCUGUUGGGCAUGAUGGAUAUCAAAGUUCAUCUGGAUCAUGUUCUAAAGUGAAUACACCUGAUGAUUUAUUACCAGAUACUGGAUUGCGCAAUCAGUCACCUGAAAUUGUAUCUCAAAAAUCACGUCUUCAUCAGCCCAAACUCGACAGAGAGAAAAGUGUAAGCCCAAAAGCGGAUUCUAUCAGCUAUACGGCAACAAGUUCCUCUCCUCCAGGCACUUCAGAUAAGAAGUACAAAUCUGGAGACAAAUUGGCUGGAAAAUCCUGUGUGGAGACAUUUGAUCGCUCGUCGAAGACGUCAGUGCAAGUUCCAACUAAAACUUUAAAGCGUGAACAGAACAAGUUGGAUGAGUCAGUAAAUGAGACAAGCUAUCCAACAAAUGACCUUCCACAAGAAGACGCAAAUUCAUUCCAGCCUAUCCAUCAACAUCAGAAAAAGAUUGCUACGUCUCACAAACCUGUUUCAUCAUUGAGAGUAUUGCAAUCAGCACAAAUCGGCAGAUCACAUUUUGGUGAUUCGACUGUUGUUGAAAGUAACAAGCGAUUUGAAAUUCAAGAUGAUGGCACUAUCGAUGUCCAACCACAGUCGAGGGCAGUUUCUGAUAUGAGUUUACUAACAACUUCUGAUAAAUCUAGCUUAACACAUAUGGAUGGAAGUAUUUUGGUUCAAGAUAAUUUGCAGAAUCCAUUCAAUUACAAGACGCACGUUACCAAAACCAAACUACCUAAAGACCAAAUUUCCGAAAAGGUCCAUAGUACUUUGGAAAAACAAGCCGCUUCCAUAGUUAAUAAGAUACUUGGGGAAUCUGUCCAUUUGUCUCAUUUCAAGCCAGACAAUGAAAGCAAGCGUAUCACAAUUAAUGAGCAAGGUAAUAUCACACUAAGUAACCUCAAAGAUUUACAAAAGAAACCCACUGAAAAAAAUAAGGUGCAAAAGUCAUAUGGCAAACCAACUGUGACAAAGCAAGAUAAGUCAAAUGUUCGUCACCACAGAGCAUCUGAUCAAGUUUCAGUAAUAAAAGAGGACAAUAAGGCAUUUGAUAAAAGCUCAGAAACGAUUACAGUUCAAAGUAGAGUUGAACCCAUGAGAAAGACUCAGCAGAAAAAGUAUGGUGAUAAAGAGAAAUGGAAAAAAGAAAAUCUUAAUGAAAGCUUAGCUAGUUCUGACACCGAUUCUGAAGACGGUUUUGCUUCUGAAAGUGAUUCAGAUGAUGUGUUCGGAAGAGGUGAAGUUGGAAAGUCUCCCUCGCCAGUGGAGCCUGACUAUGAAACUCCAAAUAAACGACAACGUAAAAGUUCUGUUAGCAGAUUAAAAUCUCAGGUUGCCUCCGAAGAAAUAUUUUUACCAGGUAGCACUAAAUCUCAAGGUACAAGACAGAAGAAAGCAAAGAUUACAAAACAAACUUCCAGGAAGGCAAGGAAGAAGAGAGGUCUUUUUAGUUGCUGUACUUGUGCUAAAAGCAGUUCAACCACAGUAGAUAGCAUUAUGGCUGAACAGAUAUAUAAGGAUAUAAAAGAAUCUGCUUUUGUCACAGAUUCGGACUCUUUUGCGUCAUUGGGUGAAAUUGGUAUUUCAAAACAAAGCAGCACUCAGGCUCCACAGGACUUAAUCUUAAAUGAUGUAUCAGAAGAUGCAGAACUAGAUUUGAUAACCUCUUUCUCUGAAAAAAGUCAAAUAUCAACUAAGCAAUCUGAUAUUACUGGUACUUCGACUUCUGAAUGUUCAGUAGACGACACCAGAAAAUUCAAAAAUUACAAUUUUGAAGAAGAAGAUAACGUAUCCUCAUUACAUACUGAUAGCAAAAGCAGUAAGAGCAAACAUUUGGAGAAAGACUUCAAAGCUGAGUCGAAAAGGCUGAUGCUUGGAAUUCCUCACAAAAUGAAGCAACCUCACAAGCAAUCUUCAUCACAGAUUGUGGCAGACAAAUCAACUUUGCCCACCAUCAAAACUGAUGACACUGUCAAAUCUAAAAAUGAAAAGAAAGCCAGACGUUCUGCCAAGGAUCUUAUUUCAUUGUCAUUUGUUUCUGAGCCUGUUUCUGCAACAGAUGAUGUCAAAACAAAAUUGGAUAUUCCGAAAACGAAAAAAUCUUCUGUUUUGGAAAAAGUACCAUUGGGGACAAGGCAUAGAGAAAAGUUUGAUGACAAAAGUCGAUCAGGAAUCAUUACUAACGAUGAAAAAUUCUUGAGUGACAAGAAGACUUUACCUGAACAACCUGACAUAACUUCUAUAAAAAAAACACCAAAGGAAAUGAUCAAAAAACAUGGCAGCAAGUUUGAACAUGAUAAAAAGCAAUCAGCCAUAAGUGAUAGAAAGAACUCAUCUGGACAACCUGGUUAUACUCCUAAGAAUAUUCUAGAAAAGGAAGAUGAUGCCCCAUAUGAUUUUGCAAAGCAAAAAUCCAAACAUGACACAAAACAACUUAACACAUUCGAAAAGAAAAUUUCCUGUGAUAGUAAGGGAAUAUCUGAACAACCUAAAAAAGUUGCUUCUAGUAUUCAAUCCCACAUGUUUGAACAUGAUGAAAUUAUAAAACGACAUUCGCUGAAAGGAGAUCAAAAAAGUGUUAGUGUUGAAUCAGCGGUUUUAUCUGACAAACAAAAAUUUUAUGAAACAUCUUCAACCUCUUCCACUGAAUCAAUAGUAUCAUAUACGGAUAUCCAAGCAAACCAGCCUCCUGAGCCGUCGAAGCCGAGUUAUAAAGAGAUACCACAAAUUGUUGAUUCUGAAGAUGAGAAUGGAAGUGUAGACGAGAAACCACUUGACACAUCUGUAGUGCAGAAAACAUCUCCAAUGAUCAAGAAACAAGAUAGCAAACCUAAACAUGGCGCAAAACAAUCUAUGAUGAAAACAAGUACCAGGGAAAUACAAACUGAUAAAAAGGACUCACAUGAACAGCCUGAAAAAUUAACUUAUCAACAAAAACGGAAGAGUAAAAAUGCUGCUGCUUUAAUAAAACCAUCAGAAGAAAUCAUGAAGAAAUAUAGUAGCAAAUUCAAAAGUGACACAGGAGUGCCAGUUGAAGCUGAUAAGGCGGUCUCACCUAAGCGAUUAGGCAAAAUAGCUUCCCAGCAAAUUAGGAAAAAGGAAGAAUAUACCCAAACUGAUGUCACUAAGCCACCUGUGGAUAUGCCUAUAAAAUAUAGUAGCAAGUUCAAGCACGUAGCGAAACAAUCCACUAUCAAAACCAAGGAUGGAAGACUCUCUAGUGAUAGGAAGGGCUUAACUGAACGCAUAGAAAAGGUUCCAUCCAGAGUUCAACCCAGUGUUACUGAAUCUAUUGAUAUUGUGGAACCAGUUUUACCAGAGAGGAAAUGGAAGAGUAUUGACACACUGGUCGAAUCUUCUGACACAUCUUCAGUUUUUUCCACUGAAUCUGAAUCGGAGUCACCUCAUCACAAAGAGAUACAUGAACUAGUCAUUGACUCCGAUGUUGAUUCUGAAACUGAACUGGAGGAAUCUCUUGCGACUUCUGUACCACAGAAAAAGCCACCUGAAAGACAACAAAAACGACCAUCGGAAGUCACAAAGAAAUAUAGUGGCAAAUUCGAAAGUGACACAGGAGUGCUUGUUGAAACUUAUAAGGCGAUCUCUCCUAAACGACUAAAUAAAAUUGCUUCUAAUGAAAUUAGGUGCAAGAAAGAAUUUAGCCAAUCUGAUUCCACUGAGCCACCUGUAGACAUGUCUAGAAGAUAUACUAGCAAGUUCAAGCACAUAGCGAAACAAUCCACUAUCAAAACCAAGAAUGGAAGAAUCUCUAGUGAUAGGAUGGGCUUAACUGAAAACAUGGAAAAGGUUCCAUCCAGAGUUCAACCCAGUGUUACCGAAUCUAGUGAUAUUGUUGAACCAGUUUUACCAGAGAGGAAAUGGAAGAGUAUUGACACAUUAGUUGAAUCUUCUGACGUCUCUUCAGUUUUUUCCACUGAAUCUGAAUCGGAAUCACCUCAUCACAAAGAGAUACAUGAACAAGUCAUUGAUUCCGAUGACGAUUCUGAAACUGAACUGGAGGAAUCUCUUGCGACUUCUGUACCACAGAAAAAGUCAUCUGAAAAACGACCAUCAGAACAAAUUAUAAAGAAAUAUAGUGAUAACCUCAAAAGUGACACAAGAGUACCUGUUGAAACUUAUAAGGCUGUGUCUCCUAAAUUACUAGGUAAAAUUACUUCUAAGCAAAUUGGAGAAAAGGAAGAACGUAGCCAAUCUGAUGUCACUGAGCCACCUAUGCGUAUACCUAGAAAAUAUAGUAGCAAGUUCAAGCAUGUAGCGAAACAAUUCACUAUCAAAGCCAAGGAUGGGGGAAUCUCUGGCGAUAGAAGGGGCUUAACUGAACAAAUGGAAAAAGUGCCAUCUAGAGUCAAGCACGAAGUUACUGAACCUAGUAAUUUUGUGAAACCCGUUUUACCAGAAAAAGAAGGAAGAAGGUGGUCGUUUUUACCCAAGGUAACCAAGCUUCCAAGUGUUGGCGAUUUUUAUCCAAGAGUGAGAAUGCUUUUGCUGUAUCUUCUGCAGGACAUAAAACUUUUAGUUUCAUGCGAUCACUGA